AUGGACGAAUGGCGAAGCCAAUUUCCAUUGAGGGCCAACGGCUGCCGUCUCGUGAACCAACGCGGCCAGCUGCUGGGAUUAACGCAUUUCAAGCUGGCGGGUGUCAACUGGUAUGGUGCUUCUGACUCCUACCAUGUGUCUUCACAAGAGCUCCUCCAAGCGGCGCAAGAACUGAGCCGGUGUGGCAUAGGUGCCGGGGGAGUUCGGGACACGUUCGACGAAUGUUUGGCGGUGGAUGACAUCAUCUACCUGGAUUUCAAGGAGCUGUGUCGGUCCAUCGCGGCAAUGGGCUUUACGGUGGUGCGCUUGCCAUUUUCCAGCGGCUUGGAGCAGGGCGAAAAACAUCAAUGUGCCAUCGAUUAUAACAUCAACAAAGACCUGGAAGGACUUUCGCCCCUGCAAGUCUACGAUCGUGUGAUCGAUGAGUUGGGCGCUGCAGGUGUGACCGUCGUGAUUAACAAUCACACCACGGUGGGUGCUUGGAGUGGCGGCGUCGAGUUGAACGGCAUGUGGUUUCGCAACCAGUGUGAGAUCUACACUGAGCAGUCCUGGAUUGACGAUUGGGUAAUGAUGGCGAAGCGCUACGAGCACCAGCCGCAGGUCAUCGGGUAUGAUAUCCGAAAUGAGGUGCGGCCCACAAGCAUGAUGGGCCCCAGCCCGCGCUGGGGUAAGACGGAUGCCACCUACGACUGGAGCCGCGCAGCUGGUAGCUGUGCCCGCGCGUUGAUGGAUGCAGCAGCGCCGGGCUUGCUGGUCAUCGAACGGAUCGCAUGGCCUCAGAAUAGCCUGCGAGCACCACCCUCAGCACUGAAGAUGCCAAUUGAGAUCGUCUCAGUGUUUCUCAUACGGAUCCAAGCAGGCCUCCUCCGGUCCGUCUUCGACGUGGUGGACUAUGUGGGCGCACGAGCGCUCUAUGGAGAGAUGGGUCAGGCAGCUUUGGAAACACAGAUGGACCAAGACUUCGGAUUUUGCAUUGACGAGGACCUUUGCCCUGUGUGGCUGUCCGAACUGGGCUGCUCCCUUGACAGCGAGCUCGAGUGGUUUGGAAAGGUCUGCAAGUAUUUGGAGCGCAAGGACGUGGACUUUGCUUACUGGCCGCUCAAUGUGGGGCCCAAGCCCGGCAGCGGUGCGGACGACGAGGCCUACGGCAUUUUGACCAACGACUGGCAGCCGCGCUGGGCCGACCCCCGCUUGCAGGCCUUGCGACGCUUAUGUCCCGAGCCCUUAAUACCCUCACCGCGGAAAGUGAGGCGUCCUUUGCAGCUUCCUCGAUCACGAGCAGAUUCUGCAGGAACGCCCAGUCCCUUCCAUGUGAUCACGCCCAGUCCCGAUACAGCAGCAGGCCCCUUAGUGCCCUGGCCCGGGGAGCCGUGGUCCAAGGAGAUGCCAGAAGCGCGAUACAUUUGGGAGGUGCUUGACGGGAUUGAUUCAGAUCCUGGCAAGGAUGCCUUGACGGUUCGAUGUGAUGAUCUCGAAGCGGUCAAGGAGCUGUGUUGCCGUCAGCGGUGUGGUGGCUUUGCGCUGCACAAGGGCAUUGCCUACUUUCGACUGGCCUCUCCUGAGGCCGAGCAGGGCCUCUUGUGUGUCGAAGAGUCGGGCUGUACGCCAGAAGAUCUUUGGACAAAAUGUGGAUGUGGAGGUCAACCGGAAGUGAAUAAAGAUAUAUAUUAG